AUGUGUAAUUUAGCGUUGUUAAUAAAAGCUGUUCUAAUAGCACAUUUAGUAAAUGUGAUUUGUAGUCUUCAACUAGAAGGACUUUCAACAAAAAAACCUAGGACAACUAAAUACCAAAAAUCCACACCUUCCUCAGUGCUGGACACACAUUCCCAAGGAGAAGAAUAUAGGCCUCCACCGACACCAUCCACCACAUCCUUGUACAGAGUUAAUAAUUCAAAUGGUAUCACUUGUAUUUUAAUGAAAACAGAUGCUUUAAUAAGCAUCCAGUAUAGAGAUAAAUUGGGAGAAGACAAAGAGGCCGACAGUUUUGUGCCUGAUAAUGCAAAAGUAACUGGUGAUUGCAAAUAUGAAGAUACUGCUUCCAUGACAAUAUCAUGGAAAGGAUUUAAUUUGGCAUUUGGAUUUGCAAAGACGCCCGGUGGAGAAAGAUGGUACGUCAACAAAGUCGACUUAUCAUACUCCACAUCUAACAAAUUAUUCGAACAUGUCGACAAACCUCGUGUCGACCUGGACCUGAGCACCCCACCUGGAAGGUCAACCCUUCUAUUUCCCACCCCUGUUGGCAAGUCAUUUAAAUGUGAUUCGGAGACUGCAGUAGAUCUGACAAAUUACGAUGAAAACAUAGAUACUACCCAAAGCGCCAAAGUUUAUUUGAGAGAUUUUCGUUUGCAAGCUUUUAUGUACAAAGCGGAUAAUAAUUUUGGGCCCCCUUUUGGUUGCACCUUGGGCGGCAGUGUGCGGUCAGAAACGGCCCCAAUUGCGGUAGGAUCGACGUUGGCGAUUGCUGUUUUGUGUACUGUGACGGGAUAUGGGGUUUUUAGAUAUAUGAAAGUUAAAAAGGUUCAGUAUGAUACUAUGGAGUAA